GCCAAAAAGUCAAAAUAUUUAUUAACUCAGAAUCAGAAAGAGUUCCCUGACCUCAACUCAGUACUCAAUCCUCAUCCUUCGACGCUCUCUGUCUCCAUUCCAUGGCUACCAAAAAUCUGCUCUUGCCUUAUGUCAUGUUCCUCACAUUGCUCCACCUGGUACUAGGACAUGAAGCUGUGAAUUCAGGCCAGUACCCUUUGGUUGUGAGCACAUGGCCCUUCUUAGAUGCUGUCAGAGCUGGUUGGAGGGCUGUUGAUAGUGGCCUUUCAGCCGUGGAUGCUGUCGUGGAGGGUUGUUCGGCCUGCGAGGAACUUAGGUGUGAUGGAACAGUUGGGCCUGGUGGAAGUCCAGAUGAAAAUGGGGAAACUACUAUUGAUGCUUUGGUCAUGGAUGGGGUGACAAUGGAGGUUGGAGCUGUCGCUGCUAUGAGGUAUGUGAAGGAUGGCAUCAGAGCUGCAAGAUUAGUAAUGGAGCAUACAAAACACACUUUGCUUGUUGGAGAGCAGGCCUCGGCAUUUGCCAUUUCAAUGGGUCUUCCAGGACCCACAAACCUUAGUUCAUCCGAGUCAAUCGCAAAGUGGAGUAAAUGGAAGGAAAAUAGCUGCCAACCGAAUUUUUGGAAAAAUGUUGUACCUGCCAAUGGUUGUGGCCCAUAUCAUCCAAGGGAUUCUCUUGACCUUAUUGAAGGGACAUGUUCCAAAGACAUGGAAACUGUUGAACCAAGAUCUUCUCUUGUUGGUCUUCACAGCCACGACACUAUAGCAAUGGCUGCUAUUGAUAAAAUGGGGCACAUUGCUGUUGGUACAUCAACUAAUGGAGCAACAUUUAAGAUCCCUGGCAGGGUAGGUGAUGGGCCCAUCACAGGAUCUUCAGCAUAUGCUGAUGAUGAAAUUGGUGCAUGUGGUGCAACUGGGGAUGGUGACAUUAUGAUGCGUUUCCUUCCAUGUUAUCAGGUUGUGGAGAGUAUGAGAUUAGGAAUGGAACCUAAGCUUGCUGCUAAGGAUGCAAUAUCACGAAUAGCGAGAAAAUUUCCUGAUUUUGUGGGAGCUGUUUUUGCCAUUAAUAAGAAUGGGGUGCAUGCUGGUGCUUGCCAUGGAUGGACGUUUCAAUACUCAGUGAGAAGUCCAGAAAUGAAUGAUGUGGAGGUUUUCACUGUGCUACCCUAAAUUGGGAACUCUCUUAUAUUGACUGUUAGCUUGAUACUUCAUGUGUAGUAUUAAUGUGCUUGGUUUUUCUAAUUAUUGCUAAAAGUGAUAUGGAAUUAUUGUACUUGAAUGAUAUUAAUACGGCUAGACUUACCGUAGAAAAUUUAUAUGAUGUUUUCACACAUAUCUUUGAAUUA